AUGAAAAUAGUUUAUCUCUUGAUAAUUUGUUCUUCAUGGAUUGUGAUGAAUUGUCAAUUGAUUCUUUACGAUACUGAUGUUAUAGUUGAUGAGAAUAUUUUAGAAUCUAAUUGUUUAUAUUAUCGUAUCAAUACAGAGAAAUUAGCUUAUCAAGAAUUAUCAAAUAUAAUCGAUGAAAUGAUUCCAUAUUGUUUGCGACCAAUGAAUAUCAGUAAAAUUUUAUUUCGAAAUCUUACCAAUACAAAUAGUCAAAAUUUAACUUUUGAAGAACUACGAGUUUCUAAUGUGAGUACACAGGAACUUCUCGCAUGGUCAGCUCCCAUAGAUUUGGUCGAAAAAUACCAAGUCUAUUUGAAUGAUAUUGAUUUAUCGUUAUCCAAUGAACUAUUUUAUAAUUGUACACCACCAUGGUUUGGUUUACAAUGUCAAUAUUCAUUUGCAUUUAGUGAAGAUAUGGCAAUAGCUGAUGUUGUCGAAAAUGAAUUUAACAUUAAAACAUCAUAUUUGGAAUCGACUGGUAUAUUAAUACAACAAUUGCCAUGCUAUACUCAUAUAAAAUGUGAUCGUGGUGGAACAUUCUUAUGUCUUGAUUGGCGUGAAGUAUGUAAUGGACGUAUUGAUUGUAUUGAUGAAGGUCUUGAUGAAGCAUUUUGUUUUGAUAUGGAAUUAAAUGAAUGUGAAGAAAAUGAAUAUCGGUGUCACAAUGGAUUAUGUAUUCCAGAAGAAUUUUGGGAAAAUGGUUUCGGCGAUGCAGAUUGUCUUGAUCGAUCCGAUGAAUUUGCUGAUGUUUUGUAUCCAAAUAGUUGUUUUCAAGAUCCCGCAUUUCGCUGUGAAGAACAUUCAUGUCGAACAAAUUGGCACGAUUUUCCAUGUGGUGACGGGCAAUGUGUACAAAAAUUCGAUGAAUGCCAUAAUGGACGUCAUCUUUUACUUAUUCAAUCAAUUUCUAAUCAAGGCUAUUUAUCAGAUAAAUGUUUGAUUGCUAUGAUGUGUCUUACUCAGCUUAUUAAAGAAAUUCGGGGAACUGUAUGUGAAACAUUAUUUAGGAAUUAUUUCAUUUAUGAAUUUAUUAAACAUUGUGAUCCUAUUUUUCAAUUUCCAAUUAUUCCAGUUCAUUCGAAUCAUAUUCGUUUUUUGUAUGAAAAUAUUUCCUUAAAAUCAGAUUCAAAUUUAUUAAUUAUUCCUGAUUAUGUUUGCUACGAUGAACAACUUUGUGAUUGUUUAAAUUCAACAUUUUUCUAUGAAAAUUUAACUUGUAUAAAUAGUUCAGAACUAUAUUUAACAACCAGCAUAAGUGGGCAUAUUUGGAUUGAUAUGAUUUUAUCAAUUGAAUCGUAUUUUCGUUCAUGUAUCAAUCAUCGUAUAUUUUUCAAUAAAAUGAACAAAUAUGAAAAUCAAACAUUAUUAUUAUAUCAAUGUAAUAAUUCAUCGAAAUUAAUUUCAAAACAUCGUAUUUUCGAUGAAAAUAUUGAUUGUUGUAUGAGUGAUGAUGAAAAUGAUAAAUUAAGUUGUCAACCUACCAGUAAACAUCGAAUAAAAUGUAUCAAUGAAAGUAAAUGUCUUUCAUCAUUACACACUCAUGAUGAUUGUCCUUUUACUGAAAAUCAACUUGAAAAGAAAAUUUCCUUUUCAAAAAUAUGUGACGGUUCAGAUGAAUUUCUUUUCAAAGAUUUAAAUGGUAAAAUUCAUACAGAUGAAUCUCAAUGUAAUUAUUGGCCAUGCAAUAAUAUGUAUUCACAAUGUGAUGGGUUUUGGACAUGCCCAAAUGGAAAAGAUGAAGAGAAUUGUUUUCAAACAGGAUGCCAAUCAGAAACAUAUGCAUGUAUAUCGCCAUAUAAUUAUUCGUUAAUUUGUUUAUCGUCACAACGAGUCAAUGAUGGAAUUGACGAUUGUCUUGGAGCCAUGGAUGAACUUCGGAGUUGUCGACGUCUUUAUCCUUCGGAAAAAAAUCCAAAACGUUUUCGCUGUCAAAACAGUAGUUUAUGUUUAUCCUCAAUGGAACUUUGUAAUAAUAUUCGAACAUGUCCAUUGGGAGAGGACGAAGAUUUUUGUGAUAAGAAUCGAUUUAUGUGUCAACAAAUUUCAAAUUUUAAUCGAACUAUUAUUGAAGAUAUUCUUUGUCGUUCAAUUGAUAAUGAAAAAAAUCGAAUAAUCCAUUUUUCAAUUCAUACAUCAUCCAAUUAUCCUCAAUCAGAAACAAAUACUAUCAAUGAAAUUAUUCAAUUGAAACAAGAAAAAUCUCAUAUUCAAAAACAUAUUCGUUCAGAAAAGAUCUCUUAUUCUUUAUCAUGGUAUUGUAAUCGUGGACUUACUCUGCGUUUACGAUCAGAAUAUGAGAACAAUGAACGUAUAUGUAUGUGUCCACCUAGUUAUUAUGGCGAUUUGUGUCAAUAUCAAAAUGAACGUGUCAGUCUAACAUUAGGUUUAGUUAGAGCUGAAAGACGAAAUGUUUAUGUCAUUGUUAUAAUGUUAAUCGAUGAAGACGAGAACAUAAAUUCAUAUAAUCAAUACGAAUAUAUUGCUAGUCAAAGUUGUGGAGUAAAACUUAAUCGUUAUUUAUUAUUUUCAAAACGACCAAAGAAUAUGUCAAAGAAUUAUAGUAUACGAAUUGAUGCAUAUGAAAAACAUUCAAUAACAUAUCGUGGAAGUUGGCAUUUAUCAAUACAUUUUCUUUUCUUACCUGUUAAUCGUAUUUCGGCUUUAUUAUACAUGCCCUUUGAGCGAACUCCUAUUUUAUAUAAUUGUUUUCCAACCUGCAUAAACGGUGAAUGUGUUCAAUAUUUAAACAAAAACUAUUUAUUCUGCCGAUGCUUUUCAGGAUGGUCAGGUAUUCAAUGUGAUAUUAAAUUAAAUAAUUGUCAAAGAUGUUCAUCUGAUUCCAUAUGCAUUGGAUCUAUAAAUGAUCGAUCUAUAUGUGUUUGCCCUACGAUGAAAUUUGGUCCUCGCUGUUUACUUACAUCUGUAUGUCCAAAAAAUGCUUGUCAAAAUAAUGGACAAUGUAUUCCAGCCGAUAUCAGUGUAUCUGAUAGUCAUUACUCUUGUAUUUGUUCAGAUCAUUAUUAUGGACCAAAAUGUGAAUACCGAAAAGGUCAACUAGAUAUUUAUUUAGAAAAUUUGAAUAUUCCAUCAUUUCUGUCAGCUUUUUUCUUAACAAUAUCAAAUGAAUCAGAGCCUCAAUUGACAAUAAUGAUACAAAAAUUAACUUUAUUUCAACGUAGGGUUACGUUUCGUAUAUCUAUUCCAUAUAAUCUAGUUAUCGUCGAAUUGAAUAGAAAAUAUUAUCUUGCAGUUAUUCAAUCAAUUCCAAACCUUGAUCUAUCAACAUCAAUUAAUCCUUCUCAAGAAUGUCUUUCAAUUGAAAUAUUAUUCAAUUCUACAUUAAUGGCAAUGUCUCGAUUUCAACGAAUUAAAUUUUACCAUAUUCCAUGUCAAACAAAUCAUGAUUUAAAUUGUUUCAUGGAUAAAUUUUAUCUUUGUUUAUGUACAAAAGAUCGUCAUGCAAAUUGUGUUGAAUUUAAUUAUGAUAAAAAUCUUCAAUGUUCAUCAAAACACUAUUGCGCAAAUGGUGCUCAAUGUUUACAAGAUCAUCCUACGUGUCCGUCUGCAAUUAUUUGUGUUUGUACUGAUUGCUUUUUUGGUCAUCAAUGUCAAUUUUAUGCGAAAGGCUUAGGUUUAACAUUAGAUGAAAUCUUAGGUUAUGAAAUAAAACAUAAUCUUAUUUUUACUGAACAACCAUUUUCCGUCAAAUUAAGUGCUUUUAUCACAAUGAUAAUGCUGUUAAUAGGUCUUAUAAAUGGUAUUUUAUCUAUUUUAAUUUUUAAAAGAAAAAGCUCUCAAGAAGUUGGCUGUGGAAUAUAUUUGUUUGCAUCAUCAAUAACUUCAAUAAGCAUUGUGAUAUUAUUUUCAUUGAAAUUUUGGUUUCUUAUGUAUUCCUAUAGAGAUGUUUUUGGUAAACGAAUAAUUCUAUUUUCAAAUUGUAUGAUAAUUGAACCGUUACUUAAACUUUUACUGUACAUCGAUAAUUGGUUAAAUGGAUGUGUUGCUAGUGAACGAGCGUUUUCAGUUUUUAAAGGAAUAUCGUUUAGUAAAAGCAAGAGUAGAGCAAUGGCUAAAUGGAUUAUUAGUAGUGUAGUUAUAAUUAAUAUUAUUCUUCUAUGUCCUCAAAUAUUUUAUUUAAAUUUAUUUGAUGAUUUAAAAGAAGAACGUACUUGGUGUGUAGUUUUGUAUUCAUCAUUAUUAAAUACUUAUAGUUCAUCUAUAGUAUUUUUUCAUUUCUUUGCUCCAUUUCUAUUGAAUUUAUUUUCUGCCAUAUUUAUUAUCAUUGGGACAGCUCGACAACGGUUUUUAAUGAAAACAGAACAUCGAUUUACGAAUCAUUUUAAAAGUAAAUUAAAACAACAUAAACAUUUAUUAAUAAGUCCUAUUAUUCUUGUUAUAUUAUCAUUGCCACGUUUAAUUAUUUCGUAUACAUUGAAUUGUAAGAAAUCAUCUGAAUAUUUUUGGUUAUUUCUUUUUGGUUAUUUUAUUUCAUUUAUGCCGUCUGUUCUUAUGUGCUUUGUUUUUGUUUUACCAUCUGUUACAUAUAAAAAGGAAUUUCAACAAGUUCUAUUGUGUAUUCAACAGCAUUUUUCUUUAAUUAAAAUUUAUUUCAUUCGUCAAUAA